AGGAAGGGAGAGAGAGAUAGAGAGAGAAAACUAGGGCACUAUUAUCUGGCCUCUUUUUCCAAGCAGAAGCAGAGAUUUGUAGACAGCGAAGCUGGAGUGAAGAGAUAGCGUGUUGCUGUGUGACUUUUGCGUUUUUCUUAGCGCCUGAAAAGUAAACUAAACUUAAGAAUCAAUUCAAGGACAAAGGCACGUUCAAAUUACGAUACAAACUCAAAGCUCACUUAUCUUCAACGGUCACCAUGCUGGAGGACAAGAAGACCAAGGUGAAGAUAACCUUCUUGGUUAUCCUGGUGGGCAUCUCGUCCAUGUUGGCGGCGGUGGUGACGGACCACUGGGCGGUUCUGAGUCCUAGGGUGGAGCAGCUCAACACCACCUGCGAAGCGGCCCACUUUGGACUCUGGAGACUGUGUAAAAAGAGUAUCUUCAUUGUGGAGGAAGACCCUCAGGGCAAAGGCUGUGGCCCUAUCAGCCUGCCAGGAGUCAAGAACUGCUCGUACUUCAAACACUUCACAUCAGGGGAAGAGGCUGAAGUUUUUGAAGUAAAGACUCAGAAAGAGUACAACAUCUCAGCUGCUGCUAUCGCCAUCUUCAGUUUGGCCUUCAUGACCCUGGGCAGUCUCUGCCUGCUGGGGGCUUUUGGGAAGGGCAGAGACUACCUACUGAGACCAGCUGGCAUGUUCUUUGCUUUUGCAGGCCUGUGUAUCGUCAUCUCCGUGGAGGUCAUGAGGCAGUCGGUCAAACGCAUGAUCGACAGCGACGAGACCAUAUGGAUCGAGUACUACUAUUCGUGGUCCUUCGCCUGCGCCUGCGCCGCCUUCACCCUCCUCUUCCUCAGUGGCCUCAGCCUCCUCAUCAUCUCCAUGCCACACAUGCCCAGAAACCCCUGGGAGACCUGCAUGGAUGCCGACCCCGAGUCCAUAGACUAGUAUAGCAUCCACCGCAGAGUAAGAGCGCAACGCAACUGACACAGGAGUCAUACUAGCAGUGUGAAUGACAACGAGAUCCAGUGAUGCAUUGCAUUUAUAGAUGAUGAUAGUGAUGCAUUGAUAUUUUUAACUAAGCAUUGACACAGACGUCUAAUUAUUUAAAGGGAUAGGUUAUCCAAAAAUGAUAAAAGUGUUUUUUAAGAUUCAUCGAAAUUUCCUCUUUUGUGUUCCACAGAAGAAAGUUAUACGAGUUUGUAAAUACAUGAAAGUGAGUUUAAAUUUUUGGGUAAGCUAUCCCAUUAAGAUCUACAUGAAAUAUCUAACAUGAAUUUUGUAUGUUUUAUGGUAUUCAGUAAUCUGAAAACAUUCAUGCUUAUAUGCAAUAGAAGACAGCUUAGAAUGUAUAUUUAGGGACUUUUAUAAGUUUCCAAUCUGUCAUUUCUGAAACGGUGACAUUAAAUGUGCUGAUGGAUGAUUGUAAAAGCAUAUAGGAUCAGCAAUGAUAUCCAGUGAUGUAUGAUCAGUUUCAGCAAAUACAGAUUGCACUUUAAAGUGAGGUUAUCUAAUUACGUUACUAGUACAGGUUCAGGUCAUUUAAUCUGUGAUAUAUUCCUUUACUCAUGUCACACUUGAACUGCCUGCUCUCAAUGAUCUGCCUCGAGAAAGACUGUUAAAACCCCACAAACAUUUUUAUUUGUUGAUGUUUUUACGGUUGAAACAGGAAGCUGGGGCAGGACAUGCUGAAGUUCGUCCCUUUUUAAAUAGCCAACAGCCUUUCAAACCAUGGUUUACUACUUGCUGUUGCUAGUUUGAGGCAGAUGGCAUUCAUAAUUUAGAGGGAGAGACAUUCUCAAUCUCAUUUGAUUGUAUGCUUGGUUCAUUUUCCAAAAAGAGAAGGAUUUAAAAUGUGUAUAUCUGCUUUAUGUUAAGAAGUGUACUGAAACUAACAGAUGGACUGAAAUCCACAAAAUGUUCUUAUAUGAAUUCAUACAUCAAUACUUAGUGAGCUUAUUUUGUUAUUCAUACAUCUUUGUGAUGUAGCAUUGUACUCGAGUAUAUUAAACUUGUAGAAAUACAAAGUUUAAAAUGCACAUUGCCACCUGACACAAAGACAUUUCGGUUUUCAUCUUCCUCAGAGCUUGAUACGAAGUGAUACGAUCAGUAACGAUGGCGUCGAUUUUAUCAUAUCAAUUCGAGCAGAGUCGUCAUCCUCUGAAAGUGUAUGCAAAGUGGAUUUGCUUUGGCAGUGCAGAAAACAGCGUCUUCCUGACAUGUCGACAGCACAAACCAAACUCUUCCAGGUCUCAGCUUCAACUACAGUGUUUGAGGGUCAAAUUUAGACGUUGCAGGCAGCCAAUGAAGACCAUAUGUUGGCAUUAUGCAAAUUGUUAUAUUGCUACAUAGGUAUGUAAAAGGAAGUGAGACUGGAAUUGCUGACGACUUCUUUCGGCAAUUCGCUAUAUGCGAAUGUUACUUCCUGGUUUUCGAUAAGCCAGCUUGGGCAUUUCCGGUGAACUUUCAGCUGUCAAGAUGUCAUUCUGCACUCGCUGCCUUCGGUCAACAUUUUAAUCAUUCUCAUUUUAUGAACCGAUACCGAUUCUUAAAUACCAAGAAUCAAUCUUUUGCGGUUUUCAGUUGAUAAAAGAACAAACUCAUGCCUCCCAUCCAAUAUAUUGCAAUAAGCUUUGUUCCUUGUUAUUUUUUAUUAAACAAAGUCUUAGCUUUCGAAGUAUGUCAAUUUACUACAAAAUUAAAACAAUAAAUACCGUUUUGGCGCUCUUUAAAGUGGCGCGAAAGAUCGCUGUUCACGAGGACCGGCAGUGCGGAUCAAGCAAAGUUUCCUCUUUACUAGAUACAGCGCGAAAUAAACAUGAAUGAACAUCAAAAAAGGUACGUUGAAAGAUGAAUGACUUACUGAAAUGAAUCAUGUCUGGUAUAGGCUAAUCGCUCAGUGUUAAAAAGACUAUCUUUACUUGACUGCGUCUGAUGUUCAUUAAAGCGCUAAGCUGUCAAGCUGGGCAAAGGAACUAGCAAUAAAGAAAGAACAAAAUAUAGCUACUGGGAAGAUAUGGGCACAUUUUCUAGUGGAGUUUUACAACUUUUAAACGAAGACCAACAUACCUUGUGUAGAAACGAAUGAUCCAUUUCUUUCGUUGUUGGUCAACGGAAGGGAAAGUGUGAAAACUGAUGCUCAGCUGUUGUUCUCACGACGUCUUUUCCAUCUCAUUUUACGUUUGAACAACUAAAUUAAUGCUAUUUAACCGACUAUAUUCUGUUUAUGAACUAAGUAUUGAUGCUGUUAAAGCUACCUCAGAAAAUUGAAGGUACAGCCACACCAACAAGCGACGUUUCACCGGAAGUUUUCCAGCUGGUUUAUAUUAUUGCGGAAAGUUCUUAAGAGCGUCCCAUGAAUAUAGCGGAUUCACAAUCGAAAAAACUAUUUGAUCUAUGAAACUUCGCAGGCAUUUCACAUUCGCAAACAGCUAUACACACUGCAUUAAAGUUAAUAUUUGAAAAAGCAUAAUAGGGGCACUUUAACUUUUGAAAGGCUGUAAGUUACAAUAUAAGGCUGCAUUGCUGUAGUCAAAACGAUACCUAAAGAGCUUUUUGAAAAUAAAGUGACAGCAUCUCGCCCUGA